AUGUCAAAAUGUACUCUAUUAGUGUUGUUAAUCUUUUGUCUUAUUACCAAAGGGCAUUGUGAAUCAAAGGUCUUCAAUUUGGAUAAUUAUGGUGCUGUUAAAGGUGGAGAAGUAGACAACAGGAAGGCACUUUUGAAAGCAUGGAAAGAUGCAUGCAAAUGGAAAGAUGGAUCCAAAUUGGUUGUAUCUUCGGGUACAUACUUAGUGGGUUCAGUAUUAUUGACUGGCCCAUGUAAUGGCCCAAUAGAAUUUCAAAACAAAGGCACUUUAAAGGCUCCAUUGGGCCUUAGUGGGGAUUAUUGGAUCGAGUUUCGAUAUGUUAAUGGGCUGGCAGUAAGUGGAGGAGGAUCAUUUAUUGGUGUAGGCCCACCAAAACAUGGCUCUCCGUACCUUCCAACUGUAAGUUAUAGUACAAACACUUAA